UUUAAUUUUUGAAAAAUAAGUGAAAGUAAAAUGUGGACUUUUAAGCUUUUGGUGAUUUUCUGUGGCAUUGCAAUCGCAUUGGCAGACCAUUGGGGAUAUCCAGUUGAGCAGGAAAACGGCGUUGUUAAAGGACCCGAAAAUUGGGGAGGACAAUGUGCACUUGGACGCCGCCAAAGUCCAAUUGACCUUGCUGAAGAUGCAUCCGUUGUUGGAGUUUAUCCGUCAUUAAGUUUUAUUAACUACUCCGAGCCAAUUCAAAAUGCAAAGGUCAGACACACCGGACAUUCACUUCAGAUAGAUGUAACUGAUGGACAAGAAUAUCUGAUGACUGGAGGAGGACUACCUGGUACUUUUGUUAUGGAUCAAAUGCAUUUCCAUUGGGCAUCUGAACAUACAUUGAAUAAUGAAAGAUACGGGUUAGAACUUCACAUUGUGUCGCAUGAAAAACGUUUCGGUACAUUCGCUGAAGCUGUACAAAACAAGAAUGGUGUUGCCGUGCUUGGAAUUCUAUUUCAUGUUUCAGAUGCACAUAACAUAAAUUUGAAAAAUAUUCUGGACAGUGCUGAGCCAAUUAAGAAUGCAGUUGGUGGUGCUAGUUUAAUCAAAGCCCCCAUUGCACCAGCAGAUUUCUUGCCGAAAAACCGAAAUUCAUUCUUCCGAUAUGAAGGAUCACUAACAACUCCCACAUGUGAUGAAGCGGUGAUAUGGACAAUUUUAACUGAAAGCGUUCCAUUUGCCAUGCUUCAAAUCGAAAGAUUUAAGGAAACCACUGACGAUGUGGGUGGACCAUUAACGCACAAUUACCGUCAAUUGCAGCGUCUAAAUUCGCGAGCAUUGGUUUAUGUGAAACAAAGUUACGGUGACAGUGGCGCCACUACAAUGACUACCAUAUCCGUUAGUAUGCUGGUAGCUCUACAAGUCAUUCGUAGAGUUAUUUUGUAAGGACCAAAAAUGUCGAGUGGAUCGAUUUUUGAUGCAUUUUUUGUUUUGUUUUUAAGACCAGAAAAGUUUGUAGCAUUUUAAUCAGAAGCCAGAUUUAGUUGUAUAUACUCGUUGACACAAUUACACGUACACCACACACUACGCUACAUGUCGAGAAAAAAUUAAAAAGGAACAAAAGUUUGUUGAAACCUACGAAUUUAUCCAGUAAAUUACGAAUUUAUCCUUCUUAAAUGAAUGGAACUAGUCAUAUAAAACAUAAAAAAUAUUUAAAAAUUGUU